ACACACACACACACACACACACACACACAAUCUGUGGGGAAGUGGAGGUUUCUGCAGCUCUUCUAUUUUUCUCAGACAGAAAACUGGUUCCAGCUGGUUUUUAUCUACAGGUCUGACUCUGGUCCUCGCCACCCACGGUUUCACCAGCUCUCUGCAUCAGAACUAAAAAGAAAGAAUGCUUUUUUCAAGCAGUUUUUUCCAAAUAGUAUAACUUUUGUUACAUCCGUGUUGGCUUCUCUUUGCAAGUGGUUUUUCGGGUUGUUUUUUUCCAUAUCAACCGACUUCCUGAAACUUUUCUCCACCAACAGCUGCUGGAACACAAAAGUCUGCUGGAGAACCUAGAUCAACGUGGUCAGCUCAAACCUCCAGUCACCAUGGGCUCCUGUCACUCUAAAGGUCAGAAGAAGGAACAUUUUAAAUUUUCGACCCAAAGGAGAGAGAGCAGUGAGACUCCAUCUUUUCGAUGGGAGUCAGAAGAUGAAUCUGAGCUGGAGCCCACCUGCCAGGUGUCAGAAGAUAAACCUGAACCUCCAGCCUCCUCUUCCAGGGCGAUCUUUGAUGAAAAGCAGCUGGAGGUCAAACAGGAAAUAGCUGCUGUUACCACGCAUCCUCUCCUGAGCGCUGAGGAACUCCUCAGGUACUACAACCGGGCGCUCCAGGAGGUGAGGGACCGUGUGGUUGUGUUAGAAUUCCAGCUCCCGGUAGGGGGCGCUACAAUGCAGCAACAGCAGGAGGUUGAAGCAAAGGAGAUAACAGACAGAGGAACACAAACAGAGAAGAUAAAUGUUCCAGAAAUGGGAGCUCUGUGGACCUCUAAAGAGCUCUUGGAUCUGGUCCGAGAAGCCCCUGAUCCUUUCACCAAACCCGUAGACCUCUACAGGUGGUUGCGUCAGGCCUGCCUGGUCUACGAACCACGUCCUGUUCAGGUCAGAAAGUUGUUGCAGUUGGUGUUUGAGUCCCAGUGGCAGAAGUUUGAGGACAAAUUCCAUGUCCCAGGAUCAGACACAGAUGCUGAUUGGUCUGGUGUUGAUGCCAUGACAACGUGGCUAGAUGGAGCCUUUAAAACAUCUGUGGUCUCCGUAGCCUGGAGCAACCCAAACAAAACCUUUUCUUAUCUUUGCCAUCAAAAGCCCAACGAGUCGAUGACAGAUUUCCUUCCCCGUUACAAGCAAUUGAUGAAUUCCAUCCACGACGAAGAUGUCACUCCCAACGCCGUUUUAAAUCUGAUGAUGUGCUUACAGGAUCAUGUAGCUGAGCUGUUCCAGCUGACGUACAUCGACUGGUUCUCCUACACCUUCAACCAAGCUGCUGUUAGGUUAGAAGUACUGGAGAAGCGAGGCAUGCUGGAGUCCAAAACAAAAACUCUGGCGAUAGUGAAGAAACUUCAGUCUGGUGAGGAGGAGGAGGAGAUAAACGCUCCAUCUUCCAACAACCCGCGUCCCAGAAGGAGAAGAGGGAGGUGUUACUCCUGUGGCUGGCAUGGACACUGGGCCCGGGAGUGCCCAGCAUCAUUCUCGAUCCAACCGAACCAACGUGCUUUAGAGUGGAACCAACAUGCUUUAGAGUGGACCUACAUCGACUGAGGAGGCCAACUGAGUCAUGACAAAAGUAACAAAUAAAAAAAAAAUACCUCUUUCUGUUCAGCUUCACUUCCUACUGGUGUGCUGCAGCCUGUCAGGAGGAACACAGAGGUGUCAGAUAACUAAGUACAAAUACUUCUACUUAGUAGAAAUGUUGCUUAUCUGUACUUCACUGCAGUAAUUACAUAUUAGCCGACUUUUUACUCGUUUACUGCUUACAUUUUAAAAACGUCUUCACACCUAUUUCAUUAUGGCUUAAAGAUAAAGACAGAAAUGUAUCCGUGUAGAUUACACCUAGAUAGUCAACUUGAUUGUUUUUAGUUAAUAAUUGUAAACAUUUACCAGCUGGGUUGUGUGAUCCACGCAUGGUUCUGCUCAUCGUAAUAAAAUGCAUUCACUUACGAG